UAAACCUGGCACGCGCCCGGUGCGUGGUGCGUCCGUUGGGGGCCCAUGGCGGCUGAUAGCGCCGAGGGCCAUGAGGCAUGGGGCGAGGCGGUGGUCAUCGACCUCGGCAGCGCCUUCUGCCGGGCUGGCCUGGUGCAGAGCGGAUCUGACGAGCCCAUGGCGAGGUUUGAGUCGAUUGUCGGCACACCCAAGGCAUAUAUGUGCCAGACGCCUCCCAUCAUGGUGGGCAUGCCGCAGCCCGUCUACGUGGGUGAGAGAGCGCUGGGCCGCUGCGGGGUGCUGAUUUUGCAGAAACCCGUGGUCCGCGGCCUUGUGGCGGAUUGGCAGGCGGCGGAAAGAGUUUGGCACCACAUCUACUUCAACGAGCUGAGGGUCGUCCCAGAGGAGCACCCUGUGCUCCUUACAGAGGCUCCUCUUACGCCCAAGGCGGACCGGGAGAAGGUGACCCAGAUCAUGUUCGAAACCUUUGGCGUCCAGGCAUUGUAUGUGGCCGUACAGGCGGUGCUGACACUCUACGACUCGGGUCGUGCGACAGGCACGGUGGUGGAUCUCGGCGAGGGAGUCACCCGAGUGGUGCCCGUUUGCGACGGCUUCGCCAUGCCUCAUGCAGUGGCACAGUUGCACGUCGCCGGCCAGCACUUCACCGACUACUUGGCCUUGCUGCUGAAAGAGCGCGACGGGAUCGAGUUCUCCGGCCGCGCGGAGCGCGCGAUUCUGCGGGAGAUCAAGGAGACGUUGGGCUUUGUGGCGUUGGAUGAGGCGUCGUGUCAGAGCGCCAGUGACGAGGUCUACGAGCAGCCGGACGGGGUGCUGGUGAACGUGAGCAGCGAGCGCUGCCGCUGCUUCGAAGUCUUGUGGCGGCC